AUGUGGAGAAUGAAUAAUCAAGGAGUACCCGCUAAUCCUAUCAGAGGAGAAGUAGGUGAUGGUGUUGGGUUACAGCCUCCAAGGGUUGGUGAUGAGAAUAAUCACGUUCAAGCUGAGAAUCUAUUGAGAGAUGAAGUGCAGGUAUAUGAUCAACCAGGGACAAGACUGCAUGAUAACUAUAGGGUCAACUUUAAUACUGCUGAUUAUGACGGACCUAUUGUCCUACCUCCUUUACCGUCGAGACAUACAUUUGUGGUUACUAGCAGUUUGAUGCAGAUGCCUAUAGCGAGGGGCUUGUUUGCGGGUGUGGCAUCGGACGAUCCACAUGCUCACAUAGCCAAGCUAAGGAGUGUUUGCAAAAUUUUUGUGGGUCGAUCGGACCUGGACAUGGAUGUUAUUGGAUUGCGAGCGUUCCCUCUAUCGUUGACCGGCGAUGCUACUGUGUGGUUUAAUGUGCUUCCUUAUAAUUCAAUCUACACAUGGAACCAAUUGAGAGAUGCGUUCCUAGCAAGAUUAUUUCCAGUGUCCAAGAAGCUGAGCCACACAGAUAAACUCAAUAAUUUUGUAGCACUACCUGGAGAGUCUGUGAGUAGUUCUUGGGACGGGUUCACUACUUUCAUAAGAGGUGUUCCGAAUCACCAUAUUGAUAAUGAAUCGCUAGAGGAAUAUUUCUACCGAGGUCAAGAUGACAAUAGUAAGGCAGUGCUUGAUACUAUCGCUGGGGGUUCAUAUGGUGAGUACACUUUUGAGCAGAUUGCGGAAAAACUAAAGAAGAUCUCUUGGAACAAUAAAGCUUGGCGCACUAGAAAGUCGGAUAUUGAGAGGAACACAUUUGUCGUUCAAGCUACAAACAACCAGUCGGUAGAUGAAAUUCUUGAGGAGAUGGCUCAGAUAAGGACCGAACUGGGGUUGGUGUUGAAGCAUGUGAGCGGAGGUGCAGAGAAGGUAAAUGUAGUGAAUUAUUUGACUAGAGAUCCACCACCGGUCGAGGAGUGUUACUAUGAAGAAGAUACUUAUACGGUGAAUGAUCAGAUGGUGGGUUUCCGACCAAACACUCAAGGUUCCAAUACGGAUAAUUGUCGCCAAGGUCAAGGAAACCAAGGUCGGAACUAUGGCAACUACAUUCAAAAGUGUCAAUAUGUCCGGGAUGGGAACUACAAUCGCGACAACAACUAUAACUGGAACAACUAUGGUAAUGGGAAUGAGAAAGUUAGGCCCUAUGUCCCUCCUAGGAACAGGGAAUCUGGCAAUAGGGAAGCUAUGGGUAGUAUGUCGUACGUUGAAGAGAUGAUGCAAAAGAUGUUGAAGAAGUUUGACACUACUGAUCAGAAUGUGAAAGAGAUGCACACUAAGUUGUCCGAAAUUGGCCAGAAAGUUGAUGCCCAUGCAGUGUCGAUAAAGCAACUUGAGCAGCAGUUUAGUCAGUUGUCUGCUACUAUGAAUACACGCAAAUCGAGCAUGCUUUCCAACAACACCAUCCAGAAUCCGAAGAAUGAUGGGCAUUGUAUGGCAAUCACAACUCGCGGAGGAAAGUGGACUAUUGAUCCCCCCAUGACAUCCGAUGUAGAAAGAGUGGUAGAAAUAGAUGGUGAUAAGAUUGAGAUUACCGAAGAGACUAAAAAUGCCACAGAGAAGGAAGCAGAGAUAGCCCAAAAGCUUGUUCCGAUGCCUAGACCUCCACCUCCUUUCCCACAGAUGUUAGUGCAGAAGGCUGAAGAAGGAAAGUACCGCAAGUUCAGAAUUAUGUUGAAACAACUUUCCAUCAAUGUCCCUUUGAUAGAAGCAUUGGAGAAAAUGCAUGGUAUGCAAAGUUCAUGA